AUGCUAGUGAAGCUUAAAGGAAAUCCCUUCAAUAUCUGUGUAUUAAUGGUAUACGCACCAACAUCAGACAGUAGCGAGGAAGAGAUUGAUAAGUUUUAUGACACAUUAGACACAACAAAAGGGCAAUGCAGCUCCCAAGAUGUUAUCAUCGUUAUGGGAGAUUUGAAUGCAAAGGUUGGCCAAGAUCAAGACAGGAUGAUCAGAAUAGUUGGAAAAUAUGGGCUUGGGACAAGAAAUGAUGUCAAGAAUCAAAUUGACUACAUCACCAUCAACAAUAGAUUCAGAAAUGCAGUCAAACAAUCAAAAGCAUUUCCAGGAACGGAUUGUGGAAGCGACCAUAUCCCAGUUAUCUGUAAACUUAUGGUGAAACUAAAGAAGCUAAAACAAGCUAAGCCAAGGCUGCAGUUUGAAACUCUCCAAAGUAACCCCGAGUUUGCAGGCAAGAAGUCGUGUUCUUCAGGAGGAUGUUUAAAGGCAAAAGACGGGACGAUCAUCUUAGAAGAGGACAAAAUUUUAGAAAGGUGGACAGAAUAUAUGCAAGAGCUGUUUCAGGAUGACCGAGAAGAAUUUGAAACUGAAAAACUCACAGACGUCAUUAACGAGAUCAAUGACAGCGGUGAAUUUCCCGAGGAGCUAAGUAAAUCAAUCUUCACUGCACUACCAAAGAAGCCAAGAAGCAAAGAAGUCUAA